AUGGGACUCUAUUGCCGGAAUUUAUCAGCAUCUUUCUCAUCCUUGUGCCUCCUUUCUGUUAUUCAUCUCUUGUGCUUCAACUUGCCAGUAGCCUCUGCCAUCCACAGGAACAAUGACACAGAUCGACUCUCAUUGCUGGAAUUCAAGGCCACAAUAAGCAAUGACCCUCUUGGGGUGAUGAGCUCAUGGAAUAGCACUCUUCACUUCUGCAGGUGGUAUGGCGUCACCUGUGGGCGCAGACACCAAAGAGUCACAAUGUUAGACCUAAACUCUCUUAAACUCUCAGGUUCCAUAUCACCACACGUUGGUAAUUUGAGUUUCUUAAGGAAGUUAUCUCUUCAAAACAACAGCUUCACCCAUGAGAUCCCUCCUCAGAUUGGCUAUUUACGUAGACUGCAAGUUUUGUCUCUUUAUAACAAUUCAUUUGAUGGUCAAAUUCCUUCCUCCAUAUCUAACUGUUCAAACCUUGUUUUCUUUUAUUUGGAUAACAACAAUUUUGCAGGGAAAAUUCCUGCAGAGCUUGGCUCCUUAGUGAAGCUGAAAGCCAUUUAUUUACAGAGCAAUAAUUUCAUAGGGACUUUCCCGUCAUCUUUCGGGAACCUAUCGUCCCUUGAGGAACUUCCUGCUUAUCAAAAUCAUUUGCAUGGAAAUCUUCCUGAAACUUUUGGCCAAUUGAAGAGUCUAAGGGAUUUAGCAAUUUUUCGAAAUGGUUUCUCGGGUACCAUCCCUUCCUCCAUCUUCAAUCUUUCAUCGAUCAUAUAUUUAGACCUGGGAGUAAACAACUUCCAUGGGAAACUUCCCUUGGACAUUGGAAACUCUCUUCCAAAUCUCCAAUUUUUUUCUAUUGCCGAAAACCAAUUCAGAGGUACCAUUCCAGCUUCCAUGUCUAACGCUUCAAAUCUUGAACUAGUUGAUCUGCCCCUAAAUAAUCUCGCUGGAGGAGUGCCUUCUCUUGCCAAGUUGCAUAGGCUUUCAGAAUUUGUGAUUAGUGGCAACAACUUAGGAAGUGGAAAAGCUGAUGACUUGAGAUUUCUUUCAACUUUAACUAACGCCACAGCUUUAAAAUUCCUAUUCAUAGACGCCAAUAACUUUGGAGGAGAACUUCCAGAAUACAUCGCCAACUUUUCAAAGGAGCUCCAAUUCUUUGGCGCAGAGCUCAAUCAAAUAUCUGGAAACAUCCCAGUUGGAAUACAGGCUCUUGUUAACUUGGAAAUGUUCCUUGUAGAUAGGAACAAACUUUCAGGUAAUAUUCCAUCAGGCAUUGGACAGCUCCAAAAUUUAAAAUUACUUUACCUUGGAAAUAAUAAGUUAUCAGGAUAUAUUCCAUCAUCUCUGGGAAACCUGACAAAUUUACUUGAAGUUGUUUUAUCUAACAAUUACCUCCAAGGCACCAUUCCUUCCAGUCUAGGCAAGUGCAUGAAAUUGCUCAGACUGGAUUUUUCUGUAAAUAAUCUCAGUGGUCCCAUUCCAUCGCAAGUUAUUGGAUUGUCCUCCUUGUCAAAAGUUCUUGAUUUGUCUUUGAAUAAUUUAUCUGGUUCCCUUCCAAAAGCAAUAGAAAAUUUGAAAAAUCUAGAAAUCCUUGCCCUUCAUGGGAACAUGUUGUCAGGAGAGCUUCCCAGUGGCCUUGGCAGUUGUUCAAGUCUUGAAUUGUUAUUGAUGAGUGCCAACUUGUUCCAAGGAUCCAUUCCUUCCUCUUUCGGAACACUAAGAGGCAUUAGAGAGUUAAACCUUUCUCAUAAUAACUUGUCAGGCAUGGUACCAGUGGUAGGAGUUUUCAAGAAUUCUAGUGCUACCUUUGUGGGAGGAAAUAAAAAUCUAUGUGGUGGCAUACCUGAUUUUGAGCUACCUGCGUGCAAAUUUGAACAAUCAAAGAGGAGACUAACUAUAAAAUUAAAGAUCAUAAUCUUUGCUGUUUGUGUGGUUAUAGGUGUUGCCCUUUUGUUUAUCUGUUUGCUUCUUUGGCGUAAUUCAAAAAAGAGAAAAGGAGAAGCUACAUCACUAUUUGAUGGGAAAUCACUAUUGAAGUUGUCUUAUCAAAGUUUGCUAAAAGCCACUAAUGGAUUCUCUCCAGAUAAUUUGAUUGGUGUUGGUAGUUUUGGAUCUGUGUAUAAAGGGGUUCUUGAUCAAGAAGGAAUGGUAAUUGCAGUUAAAGUGCUUAACAUGAUGCGACGAGGAGCUUCAAGGAGUUUUAUUGCAGAAUGUGAAGCCUUACGGAACAUCAGGCAUCGAAAUCUUGUCAAAGUUGUCACAGCUUGUUCAGGAGUUGAUUAUCAAGGCAAUGAUUUUAAAGCACUGGUUUAUGAAUUCAUGGUGAAUGGGAGCUUAGAUGGCUGGUUGCAUCCAACUCUUGGAUCAGAUGAGAUGCCAAGAUCUGUAAAUGUUAUCCAAAGAUUGAAUAUUGCUAUUGAUGUUGCUUCUGCACUUGAGUAUCUUCACCAUCACUGUGGAACGCCAAUUGUUCACUGUGAUUUAAAACCAAGUAAUAUCCUUCUUGAUGAAGAAAUGGUAGGACAUGUAAGUGAUUUUGGGUUAGUGAAGUUUCUUACUAGUAGGAUGCUUUACUACUCAACAAAUCAUUCCAGUUCACUUGGCAUUAGAGGAACUAUUGGUUAUUGUCCUCCAGAGUACGGUGUGGGAAGUGAAGUAUCAAUGCAUGGUGAUGUAUUCAGUUUUGGCAUACUCUUGUUGGAGAUGUUCACGGGAAAGAGGCCGACUGAUGACUUGUUCAAAGAUAAUUUAAGUCUUCAUAAUUAUGUCAAAAGAGGUCUGCCAGAACAAGUGAAAGAAAUAGUAGAUCCCAAGCUUUUUCAUAUGCAACUCGAUGCUGAUGCAACAUCAAAUCACAAUCACAAUUUCAGGAAUAGGAGAAAUAACAUGUUGAUUGAAUGCUUGACUUCAAUUUUAGAAAUUGGAAUUUAUUGUUCUAUGGAAUCACCACAAGAGCGAAUGAAUAUUAGUGAUGUUGUUACUCAGCUCUCUUCCGUUAGAAGGAAACUUGUUGGAACUCGAUUCUAA